AUGAAACACAUCCUAAGAUUUGACAUUCUAGCUGGAAUAUUUUGCAUUGUUUAUCACCGCAGGUGCGAUAAUUAUUGAAAUAAAAUCGCGUAUUUGUUGAAAAUAUUAUCAGAAAAUGGCAGCAAAAGUUUCAUCGGGCAACAAUAAAGUAUUCCAGGCGGAUGAUGUCCACAUAUCCUUCGAAGAUCAACAGAAAAUUAAUCGUUUCGCAAAACAUAAUGCGCGUAUGGAUGAUCUGAAAAUGGAGCUGGAUAUGAAGAAAAAUGAUUUGAAGAGUGUGGAGGAAGCGCUGGACGAAAUUGAACUUUUCGAUGAAGAUGAAGAGAUACCAUUCUUGUUUGGCGAAGUUUUCUUAACACACAAAUUAACAAAAACACAGGAACUUUUGGCUGCGGUUAAAGAGGAAACAUUAAAAGAAAUUGCUGCGAUUGAGGUGAAAGCAAAUGAAAUUAAAUCCGAAAUGAAUGAGCUGAAAUCGCACCUGUACCAACGAUUCGGAAGCAAUAUAUCGUUAGAAAGCGAGGACUAGUAUUGAGCUGUGGUAAUAACAUGAAUAAGCAAACCCUUUAUGUUAAACUAAGGUUGAACUUCAUAUUCAUCUUAAAUUUUUAACAAUAUUUUGAAUAUACUUAAUUAAAUACUAAUAACUUAUUUAA